AAAACACAAAAGAAGUUACAAAAGUCAUUACAGGAAAUCAAGCAUUUUAUUUCAAAAUGAGUUCUGAAAGUAAUCCUAAACCUGAAAAUGCGAAAGAAGAGGUUGUUUCUAAGAAUAAAGAUGACAAGGACACAGAAGAAAAAUUAGAGGUGCAUUCAGCCAAUAGUUGGGAAACUGCUGAACUUGGUGAUGAUAAAAGGAAAAGUAAAUUUCUUCGAUUAAUGGGAGCAGGAAAGAAAAAAGAUCACCAUGGUUCAAUUGUAAUUGGAGAUCAUACCACAUCACAUGGGAGAGAAAAGCAAGAAACAGAAAAAAUUACUAGCGAAUUAGAAUUACAGUUUCGACAGGGGUUAGAUCAUAAAUUAAGUGGUGGGGCUAGGUCUCAUCUUGGUUUGGGAUUCCAGGACGUCUCACCGCCUGUAGAACGAGCCGAGCCAGUAUCAGAGAAAAAUACAGACACUGUGAAUCAGACGGAACCAGAAAAAAGAAAAUUUGAGGAAAAAGUUGAAAAUGAAGACAAUAAUAAACCAUCAGCUGAAAAGAAAAUGAAAUUUGUGAAAUCAAGUUCCUGAAUUUUCAAUAAUUACUUGGAUUUUUUUUAAAAUCAAGACAAUCAUGAAGCUAAAAGAUACUAUUAAAAGAAGAUUAGGAAUAGUGAGAAAUAUCAGGGUCGGUUCCUAGAAAAUUCUUAAAGUAAGCAAAAAGUCAUGCUUCACUUUUUCUUACUUUGAAACUUUAUAAAAUACCGUCUCUAGAAAAUUCUCAAGACAAUUAUUAAGCACAAGUCAAGAAUGAGUCAAAGCACAUUGUGACUGGUAAAUUGAGACUACGAUGCUCUCUAGCAUCAUAAAAACAACUUUGGUAUGCGAAUUACGUCAUAAAUUGGUCGGCUGCACAGAGUUAUAAAUAGAUCAAUGACAUUAACUUCCCGGCAAAUGGUCGAUUUAGAUGCAUUUGCAAGCACAUGCAAACAGACGGAAUCUGAUCUUAAAAGUAUCCUGUUUUUGUGUUGUUUACUAAUUGGCAAAUAAAUAAAAUGGUUUCAGGGUAGAACUAGAAGCAAAAUUUUCUAAUUAUGGCAUUCUUCUCGAGAAUAUGUUUCUAAAGGAUUGUCUCUGUUUUUUAAUUGUCUCUUUGGUAUCAAAAGAUGUAGGAAAUGCCGUCGAAUAUAUCUACAGUCAGUCAUCUUGUUUGAAGAAGAAACAGACUUAAGGUUGGUAAGCAAGCCGUAUACCUUGCUUGAUAAUGUUUAAGAACAAAGUUGUGCUUAUGUAUUUUCUUGGAACAUAUAAGAACGUGCUUGUGCUUACCCUGAAGUCUACUUACAAUCUAAGCACAAGAAUGUUCUUAAGAAUUUUCUUGGUACAUAAAAUAAGAUAAGUUUACUUAAAUGCAAAGUCUACUUAAAAUCUAAGCACAAGAACAUGCUUAAGAAUUUUCUAGGAAUCGGGGCCCUGAUGGCUAUUUUGGUGGUUGGUAGCAGUGAGCCAAAACAAUAUCAUAUCUUCCAUAGUAACUAUUGAUGUUUUAAGGUGGCUAUUCCCUGUAUCAGCUUUCUAUAAAGUCCUUAGGGGUUGAUAUUGAGGUACCUCCAAUAACCUCAUGUUUUGAAUUUUAUGUGCACAAGGUGAGCAAUUGAUAUUGGACCUAUCCAAGUGCACUAAUACCUUGAGAUGAUAUUUAUAAUAUGUGUCGAUGUGUAAGUCAGAUAUCCACCCAUAGAUUUUUAUUUCGAAUAACAUUCAGGAAAGCGGUUGUUAUCUACUCCACAACUGUUUUUCAUCAGGAAACUGAGUUGCCAACCACCAAAAUAGCCAUGAAAAUAGUAUCUGACAUGGUUGGUUAACCUGUGGAAAUUAUUCUAGUUACAACUAAUCCUCAUCAACCUGUGUUCAUGUGUCUGUAUGAAAAUAUAGUAGAAUAUAAUAGAAUUAUUUGAAACUUUCAUUGUUCAUUUGAUCAGUCUCCUUAUUCAUGCACAAAAUGUGUUCAUGAUAAAGGCUUUUCAUUGGCUUGAUUGCUAAAAUCUCAGAUAUAAUUUUAUUUCUUAGCCAAUGAAAAGUCAGUAUCCUGAAAACCUUUAGAGAGAAAUGCUUUAGGAUUUUAACACUGAUUUUGGAGACAAAAUUUAAAUUGUAAUUUUGCAUGUACUUGUAUUUGUUUCAUUUUAAACUGUCUCUUGUUUUAGUUUUAGCAAAAACAAUGGGAUUUUUCAUAUUUCAUGAUUGGAAAAUAUUGUUGUCAUUGCAUUGAUCAUGUCUGAUAAAUAACAAUAAAUUUGUUAUUUACGUGAA